GUUCCGGCAGUGAAUGUAAAGGGAUCGACACGGUCAAGGAACAUAAGACAUUUGAACCAGUUACUAUAUUGGGAUUUAUUUCUUCAAAUAUAUGUUUUGUACGACUUGUAAAGGAUACGGAAGCUCAUUUAACUACUCUCAAGAAGAUAGAUGCGAUUGGAAGAGAAGCCCCAUUGUUGGAUAUUUUCCCCUCGGCUCAUACAUUAGCUCUUACGUUAUAUAACGGUAUGUUUAGCCGUGUUGAAGUACUGUCUUUUCCAGAUCAAAAACAUGCCAAAGUUUUGCACUGUGACUAUGGGGUCGUGGCAACUAUCGAAAUUUCCGAUCUACGAGUUGCAGCCGGGGAUAUUCUAAAGUUGCCCCGUUUUUCUAUGAUGGUAAAACUUCAUAACGUAAAUGAAUAUUCGCCUACUGAAACUCUUACGAGCUUCCUUAACCAAUUCGAAGGUAUUGAGUGCCAAAUGCGUUAUUGCGUUUUACCAGUGGGAGAGGACGAAGUAGAGCUCGCUAUUUUGGGAUCACGGAGAAAUAUUAAUGAAGAAGUUGUAAAAUUUUGUUCAAAAAUUGCUCUGACAAAUUCCCUGCGUUCAAAUCAUAAAACAAUUGAGAAAGAGGUUGGACAACAUGAAAAUGAAAUUCCAACUGAGGCAGGCAAAGCCGAUAUGUUACUGGAUUUAAAUCACAAUUCUCCAUAUCAGAGUGCGGUUCAAAUGGCUAUAUCCACAAAUUGCGGUGAGAACUUUGGAGAUAAGCCAAUUAUUUCUCCACCUUUCGAAAUAUACGUGUUCAAAUCCGAUUUAAUAAAUUUUAAAGUCGUGGUCUUGGAUACUUCUGCUUUGAACUAUGGGUACAUAGGAUGUAUCGCCGAAACAGAUCUAAAAUAUUUGGUAAAAGUUCAAGAAUAUUUAAGCCGUUAUAAAGAUAACAAGCAAUACUAUAGCCCUAAAUUGCAUGAAUACUGCUUGGCAAGAUUCGAAAAUGAAUGGUAUAGAGCCAGGGCAGUAAAAGUAAAUGAUAACGCACGUUAUACCGUAGUCUACUUGGACUUCACCAAUGAGAGCGUGUUAACCUCAAAAGACAUUCGCCGCUAUCCCGUUGAUUUGAAUGGGGCAUGUCGCACAAACCUUUGUUUAAUUGAUGGCUUGCCAACUUCGUUAAAAAAUGAACAUGUAAACUUUUUGAAAAAGGAAAUAACUACAGAGAGUAAGCUCCUUAUUGAUAGGGUUAAAGAGAUUGUGCAACAAAUUGUAGUGGUCGAAUGUCAGCAUAUAAUUAAAAAAAUGUUAAAUUUGGGGCUUAUAUGAGUUUACCAGUAUUGUUACUAUUGCCAGCUUAUGUACUUUACCAGUGAAAUAAAUGAAUGAAAUUUAUUUUCUUUAUAUAG